UUCUCAGCAGGCCCACUGCGAGAUUUCCCCCAAUCUCUCCGUAUGCGAAAUCGGCAUCUCGUCUCAUCCGUAAGACGGAUUGCUGGUCUGAAGAAACUUACUGCUUUAAUCAUGGGGAAUAUUUUUGGUAAUCUGCUGAAGAGCCUCAUAGGAAAGAAGGAGAUGAGGAUUCUGAUGGUUGGAUUGGAUGCUGCUGGUAAAACAACAAUUCUGUACAAACUCAAGCUGGGCGAAAUUGUUACCACCAUCCCAACCAUUGGCUUUAAUGUGGAGACAGUGGAGUAUAAGAACAUCAGCUUCACUGUGUGGGAUGUUGGUGGUCAGGAUAAGAUCCGACCUCUCUGGAGACACUACUUCCAAAACACACAGGGUCUGAUCUUUGUGGUGGACAGUAACGAUCGAGAGCGAGUGAAUGAAGCCAGGGAGGAGCUGAUGAGGAUGUUGGCAGAAGACGAGCUGCGUGACGCUGUUCUUCUCGUUUUCGCCAACAAACAGGACCUGCCUAAUGCAAUGAAUGCAGCUGAGAUAACAGAUAAGCUGGGCCUCCACUCACUGCGCCACCGCAACUGGUACAUCCAGGCCACCUGUGCAACCAGCGGAGAUGGCCUGUAUGAAGGCCUUGACUGGCUUGCCAAUCAGCUGAAGAAUAGGAAGUGAGGUGUCUCAGGCAGGUGUCUAGGGCUUAUUUAGGGCAAGGGGUGGGGUCACUUGGGUUUAUUGUAGUAUUUAGUUUGGUUUGGUUUGGUUUGUUUCCUUUUUUCUUUUUUUUUUGCAAAUGUGUGGUUAUUAGAGCCUUCAGAUGAUCUGUGUAAAUGGAAUCAUGUUCCCACACCAAUAUUUGUGGACAUAUGGACACACAAACACGUGUGCACCUCGACAAACACAUGAGCGCACAAACAUUCCUGUCUCUGCUCUUUGGUGAUUUCUUUGUAUGCAGUGUAAAAUGGACCUCAACAUGCACUAUUAGUCUAUAAAAUACAGUAUAAUACAGCCUCCCAGAAUAGUCAUUAUCUCUCCAUGCACUGUUUUUCCUGACCUGUGGUUUCUCUGUAUUUUUUAGUUCUUCACAUAAAAAUUUCUAACAUAUACUGAGCUAAAGCAGUUUAACCUGUUUGAUAUUUUCAUUAGAUUUUCUAUGGUGUGUGCUUAUUAUUAUCAUGAUGGAGUUCAUCUCAUCACUCGGGCUCUCUCUCACACUAACAUUAAGCAGCUUUCUCCUUCUCCAGCUGAUCAGUAACUGUGUUAGUCAGAGUUGAGUCUGCUGUGAGAACAUGCUCCCCACUGUGUCUUCUUGCAUGGCUUUCUUCUCCUCCGUGGCUUGUGGAGUCUCAUUGCUCAUUAGAUGGUAGAAUGCAUGUUUCUGUGUUAUAGAGGUAUAGAGCUGCUCGGUGUUGCAUGCUGCUUUAUUGUACUGUUGUGUUAGUAGGCUUGUAUCACGAAUGGCCAAUCAUUUAGAUGUAAACGGUGGAAUAUGUACGGAUGAGGCGAGUGGCAGAAACUGUUGCGUAAAAUAUCCAGAGAACACCAGUAACACAGUACACCGAGCUUCUCCAUAGUUAAGUCGGUACAAAGUGAUACGGUUUCAUCCAAAUCUUUGAGUUGUGUUGUUUUACGUGGGUAGAGUGUUAACCAGAGUGUGACAUUGUAGUGUUAUUUGUUCACAUCAUGCUUUUGUCUGCAUGGCAUGCAUGCUGCGUUGAUGGAUGGAUGGAUGGAUGGAUGGAUGGAUAGAUAGAUAGAUAGAUAGAUAGAUAGAUAGAUAGAUAGAUAGAUAGAUUUACGUAUAGAUAGAUAGAUAGAUAGAUAGAUAGAUAGAUAGAUGGAUAGAUAGAUAGAUAGAUGCAAAAUGUCCCUCUUGUUGUCCAUGUUGCAGGUCAAUGUCAGUAUAUAAAAUUUACUGUGAAAAGCGUAUUUGACUAUUAAAUAUAAAUUUUUAUUUAUUGAUAAUUUGGCAUAUUUUCUUUAAAAAGUUGCUUAAUGUUAGCAAAUAACAGAUACACACACACACAUACACACACACACACUCACCUAUGCCUGGGCUUUGAGACAAACUGCAUUAUGUUUCAUUUCUUGAAACCCUUUCCUGUGUUGCUUCUAAGGCUUUUGUUUGUACCACACAAUGUGAUGAUUUAUAACAUAUCACUCCUACUGAAUGUGAAUUAUGUGUUAUAAUUUAUUUGCUCAUUAUGUGUCACAUGGUCUUAUUAUGAUAUUUAUUUGAGUAUUGUCUUCAAGUAGCAACAUAAUUAUUUGAGUACUGCAUGUAUCCAUUUCACACAGUGCUGAAACUUUAUGUAAAAUAAAGAUAUCCUGUUUACCAAGGCAACUGGCCGGAUAGUAGUGCAUGGUAUUCGGAUAGCAGAUCUAAAAUUAGACCAUACAGGUUGGACUAAUGUAUAUUUUGCUAUAACACUCAGUCUACAUUACUGUAACAUAACCGCUGCUGUAAUGACCUGAAAUUUCAAGCUAUUCUACGCAUAACAUUUAUAGUACUACGCCACUGUGAAUCAUGUGCACGUCGAUUCUCAAUAAACAGCUGUCAGACGAAGACAAUCUGUUGAUGGGGAAGAAUCAGUGUGAACUCUGAACUAUUAUCCACUACUAACUAACUACAGUGCAAAUCUUUUAUAGCUAGAGGACUUAUACCUGUUUUAAUACAGAUGCCUUAGCAACAAACUUUAUUGUACUGCGGGUGCUUUACAGUACUAAAACUAAAUAUGUUUCAGAUCAGUGGAAAUAAAGACAUUGUACAAGCAAAGCAUAGCUGUUCAUCUACAGAGACAUUUCUCGCUUUGAUUCUUCGUACCAUUUACACAAAGCAUCUAAAAGUCUAAUUCUAUAUUAGAUCAUGAGUCUGUGCUAUCCACACAUACUGUAAUGUGGGAUUUGCAUCCUAUUUGUCUGGUUAUGUUUUGUGGCCUUAUAUGCUGUAUUACAAAAAAAGAAUAAAUACUCAUAUAAGUUAUUGAUUUAAGUGAGUUAUGGAACUGAUUUUUGUGGGUGGAAAAUAAUUGGGAAGUUGUGAGUUUUAAUAAAUUUGAACUGAAAAAUAUCUUAAUGUUGAAAACAUUUUUGUGCUUAC